AUGAAUUCGAGUAACGUUGCCCAUUCUCUAUUAUCGGAAGAAUUAGAUUUAAAUAAUAUUAAUAAUAAUAAUAAUACAAGUAAUAGUUAUACCGAUAUAUCCUAUGAUGAUGAAAUAACAAAUUCAAUUAAAAAUUAUAAAGUAUAUGAUACAACGUUAUUUGAUGUUCUCAAAGUUGAUGCAGAAGAUUUUGCGUCUCAAAUCACACUACUCGAUCUGCCCGUAUUUAAAGCAAUUACACCAGAUGAAAUGACCAGCUGUGGAUGGAAUUCAAAAGCAAAAAUUGAAAAAGCAUAUCAUAUUGUACAAUUUACUAGACGAUUUAAUCAAGUUAAUUUUUGGAUUCAAGGAGAAUUGUUACGAGCUAAUAUUUUGAAAAAUCGCACAGAAAUUUUAUCUCAUUUCAUUAGAGUAGCCAACAAAUUAUUUCAUCUAAAUAAUAUCAAUGGAGCUAUGGCUGUUAUUAUGGCACUACAAAGUGCACCAAUUUACAGAUUACAAAAAACGUGGCUUGGUUUGAACAAACGAGAUCGAACAACAUUUUCAACUCUCAAAGAAUUCGUAUCAUCAAAUGAAAAUUGGAAAAAACUUCGACAUCAUUUAUCCAAUACAAAACUACCAUGUAUACCAUAUUUAGGCAUAUUUUUAACGGAUAUAAUACGAAUUGAUACAUUACAUCCACAUAGUGGUGGUUUAGAGACUAGUCAAAGAAAAAAUGCUAUGAAUAAUAUAUGUCGAAUGAUAUCUGAAUUUCAACAAUCUGAUUAUAAUUUUCUAAAACCUUUGGAUUAUGUACAAAAUUAUUUAUCAUCUGUGAGAUAUAUGGAAGAAUUACAAACAUUUAUUGAAGAUUCAAAUUUUAAACAAUCAGUAAUACUUGAACCAGAAUAUACGGAUGUUAACGAUCAUCAUACAACAGAAAAAUUAUCAAAAAAUAUUGAGAAAUCAGCAUCAUUUAAGGUAUCCGUUGAAAAUAAUAGUAAUCAGAAUACAUGUCAUCGUCGAACAUUGAGCGAUUAUAAAGAUACAAUGCAUUUAACAAUAUCAUCAAAAUCAGCCACAUUACCAUGUAGAACACGUGAAAAAAAGAGUCUACUAGAUGAUAGUGUUUUAUCAGAUUGUGUGGCAGAAGAAACGCGUUCAAGUAGUGAUUCGAAUGAUUCAUGUGAACAAACAAUAAAAAAGGCUAAAACAGCUCUUAAACUAUCAAAACAACAUCAUCAUCAUACAAACGCUUUAUCUAUAUCACUAUCAUCAUUAUCAAUGAAAGAACCAUUAAAUCCAUUAAAUGAUAUUAUUAUACGAACAAAUUUUAAUUUUGAAGGUUGUUUACAACGAAAAUGUUUAUUAAAAAAUUAUAAAAAACCAACAAUAGCAACAUGGCAUAAAUAUUGGGUAGCUGUUUGUGAACAUUUAUUAUUUCUCUAUAAACCAAAACGUUUUACAUUACAUACAAGAAUACAAACUAAUCUUUUAAUUCGAAACAGUAACAAUAAUAAAAAUAAUAACGAUGAAGAAUUAAUAACAAGUUUAACGGACAAUGAUCGAAAACUGUUUAGACAAAAUCCUUACAAAUGUCAAUCGAUUUCCGAUUGGUUAAUUGUACUUAGUCAAGCAAAAAAUAAAAACGAAAUACAAUUGAGCGAUUUAAAUAAGGGUAAGAGUAAUACAAUUAGAUGUAGUAUGAUAUAA